AUGAAUCCAACGUUCGUGGCUACUGGGCUAGCCAGUAUCGCCGGCGUGGCCACUUUUGCUUCUCUGCUCACUGUCGUAUUCCUCGUUUAUGAUAUCAAUGGUUUCUACGAUGAAGCAAUUGAGGAGCUCACGGAAUUCAAGGGUCUAGCUGAUUCUGCAUGGAACGAGAUGACUCCGUGGUAUGGAGGAGGGAGAGAUAGGAGAGCAAUCAGGCAGAGAGGCAUCAGCAACCGUAAGAGAGGAAGCAGUUAUAUAAAAAGAGGAACGAUCAUUUACGGUAGAGGUGGAGGUGGUGGCAAUGGUUUUCCGCAGGGUUCGAACGGAAAUGGAGGUUAUGGUCCUCCGGUGGGACCACCAGGUGGGCUCAAUGGAGGAGGAGGUGGUGGAGGAGGCGGAGGAUUUGGAGGAGGCGGAGGAUUUGGAGGAGGCGGAGGAUUUGGAGGAGGCGGAGGAGGUGGAGGAGGAGGUGGAGGAUAUCCUCCUCACUGUCAAUGCGGACCUGCCCCAACGAGUUGUCCACCGGGACCGCCUGGUCCACCUGGACCGCCUGGAGAGCCAGGAGCACCUGGAAAAGAUGGACUUCCCGGCGCUAGAGGAAAGGAUGCUGAGGCAGGGGGCAUGGGACCAGCGGGACCAGCUCAGCAACGUGAACCGGGGCCGCCAGGCCCACCCGGUCCUGAUGGACCGCCGGGGCCACCUGGACCUCCAGGGCCACCUGGCAAUGUAGGUCCCGGCGGUGGUGGUGCCGGGCCUCCUGGACCACCUGGACCCCCCGGAGACCCUGGACCACCUGGACCGCCAGGUCCUCCUGGACCGGACGGUCCGCCUGGUAUGCCAGGACAAAAAACCGUUGGAGUUCCCGGACCUCCCGGACCACCAGGACCACCAGGACCACCAGGACCUUCAGGCGACGAAGCUGCAGGAGGUGGUCCACCGCAGCCCGGACCUCCAGGACCACCUGGACCUCCUGGAAAUCCCGGACCGCCUGGACCGGACGGCCCACCUGGACCACCUGGAGGUGGCGGUGAGCCUGGAAAAGAUGGAAUCUAUUGUCCGUGCCCGCCACGUUCGGUCCGGGUUAAUAGAGCUUACAAAGUCAAUACGGCCCCACGUCGCAGAAGCUUUGGAGGAUCAAACACUCGCAGAAACUACAACAGAGGAAUUAACGCAAGAAGAAGAAACAGGGGUAAUUAA